GACCUCAUUCGUCGCCUGGGCCUGACUCCCGUCUCUAUCAGACGGUGCUCCCUAGCUUCCCAUAAUCCCCAAGGCAGAGAGAGGGCAACACAGCCUAUACAGGCACCAACCGCCUGGCGGCUGUGGCACGUCAGAGAUGAAAUGUUACCUGCCGCCAGACCCUCGUCGGCUCAGAUGCCCACGUGCAUGCCCAUGUGCAUGGGCUAGGCAGAGAGAACCCUCCGGCCUGCCAUGUCCUCAAGAGGUUGUUAUCUCCUGGAGAUGACCUCUGCCUGUUCUUGCACAGAUAAACCAGUGCCAGCUAAAUGUAAAGGGCGUUCCUGCAUGGGUGGCCGCCACCACAGUCGCCUCCACAGUCACCACCACCAUCACCACCAUCAUGGCUUAUCCCACACCCACCACCGCCAUCAUCCCAGGCUGGACAAACACGCCAAUUCCAAACUUCUCCUUGUCUGCAGCAGGCCUCCUCGUCCUCGCAGACCUCAACACCAUUGCCCAGCGCACCUCCCUCCGCGGCGGCUCUUCGUGGUUCGACAGUCUUCUCCUCGCCCCUGGCCUGCACUACCAGCAGGCCGCUGAUGAGGUUGCUCACGGCGAUGCCAAGACCCUGGUUGCUGUCGAGAUCCAGCCCGACGGGAAACCAGCAUCCCACCAGAUCGUCAACCAAGCUGUGGUGAACUACGUCCUGCGCAGUGCCAAAGAUGGCAAGACCGUCGUGUUGGACGUUGGCGAGCUGCCCGUCAAGUCACACUCGUGGCGCGCCGGACGCACAGCCCGUGGUGGCCAGAGGUCGUCGGUAUACGCUGGCAACUGGGGCGGUAGGCGCCGUGGUGCUGCCCUGCCCGACCUGGGCUGGACCGCGCAUCUGCUGUAUCUGGCCAGUCCGCUGCUGACCUGCGUGGCCAUCGUUCUGAUAGUACUCGUGGGAGACUGGUGGGCUCUUGCUCUCAUUGCUGCCCUGAUGCUGUCACGGAUUCUGAAUAUAGUUGUUAUCAAAGCCCGGUCCAGGCCCAAACCAAAGGUACUCCCGCCGCCCUUCUCGUACCACAUGUCCUGGGACCCGAGGGCAGCGCGCAUCACGCAAUACUCGAUCAACAUCAGCCCGGUUACGACAGUCAUCCUGCGCGGGCUCUCGAGCGACCUCCAGGCCCUCACCACUACCGUCUGGCUGCGGCCAAAGACAACCGCCGAGGGUUACCUCGAGGCCAUAGCCAAGGUUCUGGUCUACCUCGUUGCCGCCUGUAGCGGCAACGCCACCCAAGCAGGUAACCUGAUAAUGCUAGUACUUCUGCUCGUCAGCGGUGGCCUGCUCGCCCUCAGCAAUGCCAGUGUCAUGGGCCUGCGUAACGCCGGGAAGAUCGUCGCCCCUUCCCUCGAGGAAAGGCACUCGCACGGGCUGUACGGCGGCGGUCGGCCAAGCCAUCACAAUAGCAGCAGUGACAGUGGCGGUCGUGCUGGUGUAGGUGGCCACAGCGGCAACGGCCACGGUCCGAGGGCGAGGCCGCGGGAGAUGACGGAGUCAUGGCCAGAGGGCAGUGAACUGAGCAGCCUCAAUGGCUUUGAGGACUCUUUAGAGAGUGGUGAAACUCAUGGGCGGCUGCGACGGCGCUCAUCGGAAAUCAGCGAACCUUCAGAUUACCAUGUUCAGGUCGAUACUCGCCUUGGAGUGCUGGAAGUUGCCGCCUCGAGACAUCGAUCGGGUUAGCUGUUAUUCACAAUCACCAAAACACAAUAUUUGACUUUUGGAGCGCGCCUGGAGAUUUCGAUGUCACAAUUUGAUGCCAUCACAGGAGUAUCUAGUGCAGGCCACAAUGUUGCAGCAACCGGUCAACACGCCUCAAACAGAUGCACGACAAGCAAUACACUUUCAUCCUGGUUUUCUUGUCCAAUUAUUUGGGUUCAUCUCUUGUAUGAAGUUAUGAAAGCACUGAAGCCCUUUGGACAGUUAAGAUAGGCGAGAGCUUGCUAGCGCGCACAUAUACGCUUGGCCACAUCACGAAUCUUGUCUGGAGCAUCAUCAGAACGAGUUCUUGCAAGGUUGGGCCAGUGCGUUUGAUCAUUAACACACACCAGACCAAAGUCAUCAACUUCCCCAUACCUCAACUAUUUCUUGGUAUCUAUCAUCUCAAAAACGAGUCCCACAGCCGAGGUUUAGUGUGGAACUAGAAGACAGUCUUCUUUGCCCUCAAACUCUUUGCCUUAACUACAGUUACUCUGCAGCUGGGUCGGGCAAUCGCAGGUUUGGAGGAGGAGUGUUUGGAGCUACCGCCGAGGGGGAUGAGGAAGACGAAUAGAAAAGGAGGGGAUGGAUACGCAUAUGAUCCUUCGCAACCGAUGCAGUUUUUUCAGAUGAUCCACCGUUCGGUCAUUCCGACCACGGCCUCUCUUGCUCCCCCAUUUCUGUUGCUCCCAGCGCACGCAGUAGAGCACACCACUGUUGUGUGUCGUUGUGGGACAACUUCUGUUGACGUGAAGUCUGCCCUCAAGUCUUCCCAGCGCUCGACCCAGGUGAUUCAUCCAUCAACGACAGUGCUGCUGUUGAUAGUUUAAAACUUUUCUCGCUCCCCUAUAUACCCUUUUUUAAUUUCGCUGACCCUCGUUUUCCACCCGCUUCAAGACCCGGUGGCUUCCUUCCCCCUGCAGCCCAGAGAAGCCGAGCUGGCCAUGGAACGCUGUCCCACCAGCGACACCAGAGUCCGCCCCGCGGGACACGAAACAUUAGUUGACAUAAGAAUUGCGUAUCCCUCGUACCUGGUACAGAAUUGACUAGAGAUCUAAGAAUAAAAUACGAAUGGUUCGUUGAAUCCGUGCAGUGUGAGAGAGAGCUCGUUGUGGUGAGAAUGUGUCAGGGUGCAGUAAAUAUGCUGUGGGCGCGACGUUCGAGGAUCGCCAAAGAUCGGACGGAGGAAUAAAAGCCUUAGACUGAAAUAAAAGACGAACAGUGGUAUUGGAUCGACUGGUGCUGUUUGAUGUUGGUCUCUCGGUUUCCAUCGUGCAACACCGUUGUCUCAACUGAUCAGGCCGUGCUGCUGACCUGCAAGGUCGAGUGACGGCAUGAAGUUUUGUGCCCUGGACCGGCCAUGUGCAGAUUUUACACUACCUCACAAGCACGUUCAAUGUCAAGAGAAGCUCAUUGAGGGGCACCCGUCAUUGUGGUAUGGCCUGUGAUGACCAAUCCACCACUAUCCGCAUGAAGCAGCGAUGCAAUCUGGGACGACUUGCGGAGAGAGCUGGGAGCCAGAUCCAAGUCAAGACCGUGAUGACUCGUAUUAUAGCGAGUGCGUCGCAGGAACGAAGGUGCAAAAUGCAGCAGGAUAAAAGGACAAUGCGUUGGUACAGAGAACCUCCCGAAUCUGCUUGUGCUGCAAAUUUCCAAGGAGCGAUCGCCUUGCGCAUUGGCAAUAAGAGUACACGCGCCGUCUCCGCGGCAGAUGACAACCCUGGGAAGUGAGAGCCCACGGUUCAGACGACUUCGUACUCGGCGGAGCUAUGAAAGCUCUUCGUAGCAGCGCACUACCUCACAGAGGGCACGCAACAGGGUUGGAUCCAGCUCCCGGGCACUCCGUGCCAGGAUGGCAGCAUCCUCACUGUCAUCGUCGCCGUCUCUGCUGGCAGCGGCGGCCGAGCACUGUUUGACGGUCUCCACGAGCCGCUUGACAUUGCUGGCAAUGGCAUCACGGAGGUCGCGCAAGGCCGACUCGGACUCAAGAGAAGCGGAGAAAGACGCUGCGGGCGGGGUCGCCAUACCGUGCUUGUCCUUGCGGCCAGCCAAGGUGCCUGGGCGCGGCCUGACAGGUUUGCCCAUGUGCGUCGCGCCAAGGCCCAGGAGCGAGGCCGCUUUUUUGGGAACCACGGCGGUUGAUGCACUGCUGGAGACCUCAUCUUGAAGCUCACGGAUCGCCAGGUCGUCACGGUCCUGUAGCUCCAGGUCUGUACGACUAGUGACGCCGGGGGGGAAGUUCAAGGAUGGUCGGGAGCGGAGACCGGGUUGACCGGGGCUGCUCAGCAUAUGAGGCAUGGCGCCGCAGAGAGAGUUUAUGUAGUUAUAGGCGAUAAGGUGGGCAUACAGGCCGUCGAGAAGAUAGUCAGUCCCGUCAGGGAAGAUGCUGCGCAGGGCACCGACGCAGGCGCUCACCUCAGAGGACUUGCGGGAAGGGGAUGAGUUGGAUAGCAUGGAGUACUUGUGGUGGUCCACGGGUGGCCAGAAGUCGUCUUCCUCCUUCACAUAGGGCGGGUUGUGAGCAGAUGCCUGUCGAGAUGGGAGAUGAAGCUUCCUCCCACGCAGAGAGAGCUUCUUGAGCCGGAGGUUGCCCAACGACGACUUGCGGUCCAUAGACACAGGAACAGAUUCCAUGGUGUGAGUGUCGAAAGCUGCGAACGUGUAGUCGUCGCUGUCACGGCCGAAGCCACGGUCACCGCUGCUGAUGCCCCCGCGCCUGAGCUUGCGCGAAUAGCUACGGAUCGUCUGUACGGUCAGAGAGGAGGUGCGAAGCAUUGUCUCUGGAAAGUUGCCGACACUGAUGCGUAGGUUUUCCAGGACCUCAGCUGCGACCCGGACACUGCCGAUUGGAGCCUUGGUCGUGGGCGAGGUGACAGUGAGGUCGGUUGGUGAGGUGAGGUGAGCAGUGGUGGCGCUCGAGUCCAGCCAGGACUGGACCUGGGUGACGAUGGGCAUCCUAGAAUGGCUCUGUGUUUUGCGGAGCCUGUGGAGCAGACUUGGGUGCUGGCGCGAAGGCUGAGAAGCGUCCGAGGCGUCAUGAGCAAGAGCCUCCUGCGGAGGUGGCGUGGGAGGUCGAAGCUGGUAGCUCGAGGUAGCUGUGAGGGCGUACUGUGGCUCGUAGGAGGGCUGUCGGCAGCUGGCGGCGGGGACCCGGUACGAGGCAGCCUCGCUGGUUUCCCAGUCGUCUGGAGAAUGAUACGGCCGGGGCAGGAAGGAAGAUGCCUCGUGUAGUAGAGAGGGUGAUGGGGGCUUGAAGGCAGCAGCAGCCCCCAGGUCGACCUUGUACGGGGCACAGCCUACGCGGACCUGCGUCGCCUCCCCGAUAACGAUACUUGUGACUUGAUGGCUGAGAGAGGACCUCCUCCUGGGAACAUCGACAUGGGCAAGCUGUUCUGUGUUGGCCCUCACGCUCAACCGCGUUGCUGGUUGGGCCUGAGGCCCGUCGGAAUACUCAGCAGCCCCGACAGAUGCCACGCCGACAUCCACUUGUGCCUCGGGCCUCAGCAUGUCAGGCUCCAAGUCCACCCAGCUCCUGUCGCCACUCCCAGGAGCUCUUGCAGCUUCCUUGCACAGGCUGCUAGCCGGCGAGAGACAUGCUUCUCCUAUUCCUCCGAGCACCGAAUGGAUCUCCACUGAUGUGGCCGCAGUAGUUACCGACUGCUUUCGAGUCCGGACCGAUGGCGACGACGUCCCAGGCUCAAUGUCUGUGGACGAAUCACUGACCCAGUCGUCGUCAAGGCCGUUGAGGAACAACCUCUUGCUCUCCUUCUUGCUGCCCUGCUUCAUGUGGAUCUCCUUGAUGGCGAACAUGUGGUCCUGCCGUCUGUCUGGGAGCGAACUGAGUCGGGGCCCGGGGCCUUUUAGGGGCCACUCUUCCUGCUGCCUCUCCCGCUGCUGUCUCCUCGCGGUGCCAGGCCUGGCCCUAGCGUACUCCCCUGGAGAGCACAAGGCGGUCUCUGAGGUCGUGCGGUGCAACGUACUUGUAACAACACGACCAGGAUUGCGGUGCGGGACCUGAGGUGGCUGGCAUUCCAGGGCCAGCGACGCCGCCGGUGACCCUGCGGUCAAGCUCCUGGUGCGGAAGACAUCCUGCGAUCUCGCCAAGUCCCUCGCCAGAAGCUCUGGGAAAGUUUGCUCCAGCGCAUCCAUGGUGGUUCCGACCUGUGCGCCGGGGGGAAGGGGGCAAACAGGACCCUAGGUUCACACCUCGGAUUCAGGCGUGUCGGUUGUUCUCGAGCAGCAGGAACCAGCCACUGGAAGGGCUGUCACAGUUGUGUUGCACAGGGCAGACUCUGGGGUCGAAUAACAGGACGAGUUGCUUCCGGAUGGGCAUUUGGUGUGGCGGCAGUCGAGGAACUAAAAAAGCCUCGUUCACAACGCAGGUGCUGGACCCGGGGCGCGGGCGACUCUCAGACCAGAGCUUGAUAUUAAAGGGCUGCCAUGCAGCCAGCGUCGGCGGUGGGAGCAACGAACAGGCGACCGAAGGGGCGGAGUGGCCCGGUGUUGAGGUCUUACAAAGAAGUAGACCAGACAAGCGGUGCUACCGAGGAGUAGAUGUUGAUUAACAAGUUAUUUUGCGCGGACGGACAAGGAGAGCGGACGAGAAAGAGAGUAUGCGGCCGGGCUUCCAGCAGCGGUGGUCCCAUGCGGUGAUACGGGCCCUGAGGACCACAGCAUCAAGACCGAGUGAUGGCUUGUAGUGACGCAGCAGGUCAGCCGAAACGGCGCUGCCACACGAGACACUGUCCCGGAGCAUAUAUUAACAUGACAAGGUGAUGUCGAGAAGCAUGGUUGACAUGUUCGAGACGGCAAGGGAAAAAAGAAGUCAUGCCCGAUGCUUAUUAUCCCUAGCCUUGCUUGCUUGCCUUGCUGCCACUCACGAACCUUGUCCACCGCAUGUCCUUGCAGGCAGUCGAGCGAGCAGGCGAGCUGGCCUGCUGCUGGCGAGGUAGCAUCGCGCGGGCCAUUUUACACAAGUCAACUGAAAUGACAGGGAAUGGGACGGUGUCUCAACCCAGAUCAGCCAAGACGAGCGUGGAAAGGGACACGAGGACCAGCAGGCAGCUCCUGCAUCUCUGCCCACCUGCCCA